GUCGAGAGUGGAGACAACUCAGACUGUAAACAUACUGUGAAGUGUAAAUACUGUUGUUUGUUAUGAUAUUAUCUUACUUUAAUGGUUCUUUAUUUUAACUUCAAAAAUUAACAAACUCAAGUUUGGAAACAUGACAAUAAAAAGAGAUGGGAGAUAAAACUUGGUAGGGUACUAUGGUUCUUUAUGGGUACCGGUUUUCAUCAUGUUCCUGGCGGGUGCGAGCGGCUCUCCAUCUGAAACGAAUACCUUUUGAAGAGAGGCAGGUAGACAUCGUGAAGAAUCUCAGCCACCUCACCGAGGAAUAUAAACUCAUCAACCCUGCACAGAAGGUGCCGACUUUAAUCAUUGACGGCGAAACUUUGGUGGAGUCCAUGGCCAUACUGCAAUAUUUGGAAGAUACGCGACCGCAGCCGAGCCUGACUCCGGCCAAACCUCUACCUAAAGCGCGCAUGCGAGAGAUUUGUGAAAUUAUAGUAUCCGGGAUCCAACCUCUGCAAAACAUAGGUUUGCGACAACUCUUUGCCUCCGAGGAGAAGUAUCUGCAGAAUGGUCGUGACGUCUGUGAACGAGGAUUACAGACCUUGGAGACACUAUUAAAGAAGACUGCUGGAACCUACUGCGUUGGAGACAAAAUUACUAUGGCCGAUCUUUGCUUAGUGCCUCAGAUGUUUAAUGCCACGAAUAGGUUCAAAGUGAAAGCGGAUAAAUAUCUAAUAGUCACGAAGCUUUAUCGAAAAUUGCUUGAAGAAGAAGUAUUUCAAGUUACUCAUCCGAAAAACUUAUCACCAAAGUAAUUUCUUACAAAUUGCAGUUCGUUAGACCGCUUUUUGUAUUUAUAAUAGAAAAAAAAUUGUUCGCAGCUGGUUGAAGAUAUGUACAUACUUUUGCAUAAUUAUGUGAAGUGGUGUGUUGUUUAACUAAUUUGCAUUGGUUUGAUUAUAUUGAAAUUUGGUAGUAUUAACAAAUUUAAGUUUCAUUAGGCAUCAAAAUCGGUCCAAAUAGUUUCAUAAGAUAAAAAUGUUAAUGUAUAAAUAUAUUACUGUAUUACAGAACUUGCAAAAGAUAUAAUUAAUCAGAAAAUUAGACCCAUGUUUAUUAAAACCAACACUAUACAAUCAGAUUUAUUUGCCCCCAACUUUACAUUUUACCACAUAACUACUGUGUAUAUAAUGAAAGUUAGAACUACCUGCAAACGAUUAAUGUCUUCCAAGUAGUUUAGAACUGAUUCAUUAUCUAUUAGUAAGCCAAGGUUGUCCGAUAUGGGGCAACUGCUUACAGGGGAAAUUCUCACGAGGCAAAUUAAUUUGAAUAUAUUUUGAACGAUAGGUUAAGGGAUGAUAAAAUGAGUUUGGGUAUCUGAGUUACUAUUACAGCUAAUUAUCAAAAAUCUUUCUUUAUAAGGUGAAUAUUAAACGCAUAUUUUUUUAUUUAAAAAAGUCUAAACAACGUUUAUAAGUGAUUUAGACUGAUUUAUCAUGUUGUACAUUUUGUUGUAGCACUAGCUUGAACGCAUUCAUUCUCUCAACUUUGAAUAGAUUGUAAAAAUCUCUUUUUGUUUGUUUGCUGUUUCCUUUUAAUAAAGUUGGAAGAACUGGAAGCAUGCAUAUUUUUAUAAAAAAUCGAAACAUCGAACUAUUGCGAUUUCUGUGCCUAUUUUUUAUUUAACUUUGAUUUUGUACCAUACAAGCCAAUUAUCUUGAAUUCAAACAGAAGUAUUAUAACUUCUUAUAAAUAUCAGAUAUUGUCAGAUCUAGAUCUGGUGACAACUGUCUAGUAAGAAGUACCUAUGGGCAUGCUCCCCAAAUUCACCGAACGCUGGAAUUUAGCGGGUUGCGUUCAGGAAGAGUAUUACUAACACUUUUAUACGAUCAGUAAUCUACGAACACUAAUAAGUAUAGAAUGUAUAAAUAGUGGUAUAUAAUAGAAAAAAAUAUAAAAGUCGCGUCGCGCAUUUAUUUCAACUUUUGAUGUUUAUGACGAUACGAUUUUUAUAACAUUGUUACUAAAAUUUAUAAAAAUAAAAAUUUCU